UGUUUUGAUUGGAAAUAAAUUCUCCAUCCGUUUGGCUUAUCAAAUUCUGUCUGUAAAUUGUGCUCGACUGCCAUGCGCCUUAUAUUUUGGUAUCUAUUGGUGUACAGCACCUUGGAGAGUGUCUAUGCAAAGGGUACGGACCAGCAGAAGUUGGGCUUCCAAAAUGCCUACGACAAGGUUAUUCGGGACAUGAUCAAGAACUGGGAGUCCCCCAUUGCAUACUUGGAAAGUGUGGGCUGCAUAACAGACGAAUUCAAAGACACAUCGGUAAUCAAGCCCGGUCUAGAUGCCAUAAAGGAUUACAUGGAGACCAAGAAACGGCAUAGGAAAAUGAAACGCUAUGGAAAUCUAUUCAGCAACAAACCGCGAGAGACGCAUGCGAUGAACCAAUUGGACAUAAUGCUGGACAAGAUAAAGCCAAAGGAUGUUCGCAGCAUAAACAGCAAUCAUAGUUUUGGGAUAUAUCCCAAUAUCGCACAUCUGAUGGCCACUCAAGACGAACAGGAGCGACAGCUGUUGGAGAUGAAGCAACGCUGGCUGCCGUUGCCCGUGAGUCGGUUGAAGCAAGAACAGGCAGAGACUGCACCAAAGCCGCCAGUCCGUAGAUUCGACACAAUGCUGAAGCAGAUGAUGAUGCAGGCAAGUCCUCAAAUGAAACAGAAGGAACAAGCGCACACCUUUGAGUCGAAGCCAAACGCCGAAGAUGGGCCGCAACUAACACCAAAGCUAAAGAGUGGCAGUGCGUACGGAGCGGAGAGCAUUCCCAAUCUACUGGCAGUUGACAAACUCGACACGAACCUGGGCCAAUCCAGUCGAGCGGAGGAGGAGGCAGUGGCCGGCACCCAAUCGAAGGAUGUGGAGGCGCCCAGCUAUCUGAAUUGGGAUAUUGAGAAGAAACAAUUCAACCAAUACUCGCCCGUUGCCAAGGAGGCCUAUGUGAACAAGCUGGUCAAAAUGUUUGUGGAGAAGGACAAGCAGCGGGAGCACCAACGCAAAUUGUACACCGCCUCACCGCCCUAACAGAACCCCAAAAAUCGUUCUCUCAUAUUUGUUUGUU